CAUGGAGGUCACGCAGUCUUUGGGAGGGUGAACGUGACCAAAAAAAUCGACAGACUACGAAGCGUUAUGCCCAGGAAGAGUAAAAGUCAAGACACAGAUCCCUAUGAGGAUAUACGUGCUAUGUGGGAGUUGCCUUACACACAUCAGAUACUGAAGCUACUGACUCCCAGACUCCACUUCUCCAAGCUCACUAUACAGGAUUUAGAAGAGGUGGUGGUUGAGAAGGCGAGCGUUGUGUACGACGAUGUUCUAACCAGACUUCUGAGGUACUCGCUUGAUGACAACAACAUAUUGAUUUCAAAUUUUGAAAGUUCCCUGUCCAAGUUGAUCUCUGAGAAGGAUGAAAAAGAUGAAAAUCACAACCUUCUGAAAUCAGGAAGUCUUUCUGACAGCUCUCCAGAAGAAAAGCUUCGAGUGGUCAAGUGGGUGGUGGACGAGGCCUUUAAGAGGAAGGGAGAGGAUUUAGAGGACUUUCUGAAUGAUUACUACACUCCAGAUCAGCUGAGGCCAGUUGAAGUGGGACAGGAUGCACUCAACAACAACUACUGGUACUUUGAUGAUCUGCGACUGUACAAAGAGACAAGCGGCAAGAAGGGCGCACGCAAAGACUGGGAGACGGUUUGUGUGACUCUCGCAGACUGGAAGCUCUUCCUCAGGCAUUUCCGCAAAACCACCAACCCUCAGGAAAUACUACUAUAUCACUACCUGAGGGAGGAGUUAUUCCCCCUUGUGGAAGUUUCUCUCGAGAACCAAAUUUUAAACGAAUCUAGUUGUGAAAAUUUGGAGUUAGAUCCAGAUUUCUUGAUGAAACGUGAGCGGGAAGAAGUGAACGCCAUGUUGAAAGACUCUGACAGCAUGAACCAUGAUGUGAAUGGCUCUGCAAUCAAGAGUGAGAACGGAAUGGACAUUAAGGAAGAGAACGCAGAAGACUCAGCUCAGAAAAACCUGGAUAACUGCGGCUCGGCUCCCAAUUCGAACAAAAUGGCGAACGGAGAUAUGGGAAAAGAUUCCCAAAUAAAGCAUGAAGAUAGCCCAUCAAACAAAACUCAGCCAGUGAGCACGGGUCCGAAUAAGAAAGGUAAGAAAGCCAAGAUAGAAAAAGGGGGUACGCCGACAAGUGAUGGGCCUCACAAGUCCCCUGGAUCACAGCAUCCACCACCGAUGCCCCCUAGUGGGCAGACGAAGGCGUAACAGAUCCAGAUGUCAAUGGAGCCGCCAUUCAUGCAGCAGCAGAGCCAGAUCUUCGUCUUUUCCACCAAUAUGGCCAACAAGGCAGCAGAAGCUGUGGUCCAGGGGCAGUACAAGAGCAUGCUAGACUUCCACCUGGACCAGGCCAACACAAAGAAGUUCCUUCAGAAGCACCCAUUGAAGCCAAGUCAGUUUGGCCGAGGCACUGGGAUGCCCAUGGUCAGCAUGCCGAGCCCCAACCCCAACAUGAUGAAGGGACAAGGUAUGGGAGGAUUUGGACCCAACCCAGCCUCAAGCAUAGAACAGUGGGUGCAGCAGCAAAACGCAAACCUUAAGGAACAGGGCAUGGGGAUGCCAAUGAACAAUAUGAAUGGGCCUCCUUUCCUGACAAAUAACCCAAGAAUGAUGGGCUGGCAACCAAACCAAGGAGGGAUGGGCCCCAACUAUCCCAUGUUCUCCGAAUUCGAUGAAUUCAAUGCAGUUAACCACAUGAACCUAUUGCAAAACAAAGUGCCAGAUGAAAGCUUAACGCCACAACAGCUGCAACGACGGGAAGAACACUUGGCAAGUUUACGUAAAAUUCAACAGAUGUUGUUCCCCGAUCAGCCCCGAGGUCCAGGAGGGCCUCAGCAGCAUCAGCAGUUCCCACCCGGCCCGGGACCAGGACCGGGCCCGGGGAUGAUGCAGGAAGGGAUGGGGAUGCAGGGCGGCAUGUUCCAACAGAGCAUGAUGUCUCCACAUGGGAUGAUGUCAUCGCAUCAGGGUAUGAUGUCGCCCAACCAGGGAAUGAUGGGCUCUCAGCAUGGAAUGAUGACAUCACAGCAACAGUUCAUGAUGUCGCAAGGAAUGUCUCAGUUUGGGCCAGGUGGGCCCCCACCUCAGAACAAUUUAAGCCCUGCUCAAAGAGAGUGGCUGCGAUUGCAGCAAGAAUUUUAUUCUGAAAAGCGUCGCAUGACAAUGACUCCAAAUAUGGAUCAUAAUGGCCCUCCCCCUCCAUAUUACAGUUCGAUUGCUCAUAAACGACCAGGAGCAAUGGGGAUGAGUGCAUCUACCUCGCCUAAUAUGAAUGGACCUCAAAUGCAUGGUAUGGGCCCUGAACAGGAGAUGGGUAUGUUUCCGAGGCCACGGAGGCCAUCACAUCCACAAAUGGAUCCUGGCCCAAUGAUGGGGGGCCCUGGUUUCAGUCCUCCAAUGCCCCCUCAAGGGGCAGGUUUUGACUCUGGCAUGAUGCCUGGUAGAGGUGGGCCUGGUAUGAUUCCACCAUCAGUGUCUCAGAUGAAAAAUUCUCAGAUUUCAUUACAUCGAGCGGGCAAUCCUGAACAAUUUCAGCCGGAAUUGGCACCGUCGGGUCCACCAGGCCCUCAGAAAAAUAACAAACCUCCGCCCAGUUAUGCCCAGGCUCAAAAACGAAAAAGAGACGAUCAUCUUGAGGAUCUAUAUAAAAACUUACAACCCACACCUUCACCUCAGCAAAUAAAUUAUCUGAAUCAGUUUGAAGGGCAGGAAUUGACUAUUACAAAACAGUUGAACUCUGCAUAUCGUGAUUCAGGAAUGACCAAUGAGUCACAGCCCCCACACUUACCAAAUCACUUCCAACAAAAUCAAGUGCAUUCGCCUAUGCAUGGACCAGGCUCAAACAAAGGACCCAUGUCAAACUCUAGCCAGAACUCUAGUGCUGGGCCAUUAUCAAGCCCAGGGCCUAUAUCAGGUCCGUCGCCCCUAUCUGGCCCCUCCCCAAUGUCUGGUGCUAACAUGAGAUUAUCACAUUAUGAUCCGCCAUCCAACAACAGCAUAUCUAGUGCUCCAACCACUCCUACAGCUAAAUCGUCCAUGUCUAAUAUCACAUCAGCAAGUCUUGCCAAUUUGGCAAAAGGCGUGGAACAUUUGUCGAACCAAAUGCAACAAAACAUGAUGCAAGGUGGUCCGUUUCACAGUAUUCAGGUACAAGGACAAAUGAAUAAUGGAAAUGGUGGUAGUACACCUCAAGGGGGACCUCCUCAGCAGCAGCAGCAGCAGCAGCAACAACAACAGCAACAACAACAGCAGCAGCAACAGCAACUACCCCUUCCUCCUCAUGGUCCUCCUCAUCAACAUCCGCAACAACAUCCACAACAGCAUCCGCAACAACAUCCGCAUCAACAUCCACCACAUCUGCAUCCUCAAGGACAACCUCAACCUCCCCAUCCCAUACAACAGCAUCAGCAGCAUUCUGCCAACACUUCCAGUAUUGCGCAAACAACAACUACUCCAAGUGUGAACAACACAUAUGUCAAUGCAACCAUGUCCAUACAGCAAUUGAACAUUCAGAGUGUGAAUGCGCCCAACAAUCCUGGCGUGGGCAAUUAUAACCCUUCCAUGCAGGUUCAACAGAUGAACAGUGAGACAUCUCAGAUAAACGUUCCCGGGGGACCGCAGGGCCCAGGAGGCCCCAUGCAACCUCACUGUCCCCCCCAUGUCCUCAGGGCCGUCCAUGUCACAGUCACAGAUGAUGACGACAGCCAGUGUCCUCCAUCAAUGGGGAGUAAGGCACCUCCUUUCUCAAGUCCCAACCAUCCCUCUGCAGGUGGAGGUCCUAGCAAUCCAAUGAUGGGUCCUGGUGGCCCUGGGAGAAUGAGCCCAUCAAAUUUCCCUGCCAGCUCUGUGGGCAAUGCAAAUGUUCAGAUCCAACCCAAAGCACCCAAUACCAUCCAAUAUCUACCAGCAAAUCCACCAGCUUCACAACCCAACAUGGGUGGUCAGAAGAGACCUGAUUUGGACUUUAUGCAAAACUUCUCACCACCACUCUCAAACAUGGAGGGGAAAGCUCCAACAUCGACUUUGCAAUACUUUCCAAAUAAUUCUCCAACACACAGUGGCCGACCAGGAAUUCCUUCCCCUUUCUCACAUCAGCAACAAAUGGCCAUGCAACAGUCAAUGAUGAUGCGAGAACCUAAUCCAGAUUUCCCUGGCAUGCCUGGUCCUAGACCAGGACCUGGGAUGCACCAUCCAUCAGGAGGGAUGUCGGCAAUGGAAGGACCACAAGGUCCCAUGGGACAUAUGGGCCCGCUGGGGCCUGGUGGAAGCAUGCCACCAGAGGCCAUGAUGAGCAUGGGAGGACCGGGAAUGGGUCCGGGAGGGCCAGGUCCAAUGCCUGGAAUGAACCCCGGUGGACCUCGGGGUCCAAUGGGACCCAUGUCUCCUAUGGAUCCACGCAGUCACAUGGGCAAUGGUCCAAAUCCUGGUUACAUGCCCAACGGACAAUCAAUGAUGAGUCAGAGUAUGAUGCAAAGUCAUAUGCAGAUGCAGGGGCCUGGACCCGGGGGAAUGCCCAACAUGCCUAUGCAGGGUCCAGGGCCUGGAAUGCCACGGCAGUCCAGUCAACCAAUGGGAAUGCCAGGUCAGGGAAAUCCAUCCAUGCCAGGUGGACCUGGUGGGCCGCCAGGUGGUCCUGGUGGCCCGGGCUAUAACGCACAAUAUCAACAGUUUCAGCAACAGUUAUACACUCAGAGCAGACAGAGACAGAUGUCCCCAAUGGGUGGGAUGAUGGGCAGUCCUGGACAACCAUAUAUGGGCAUGAUGCCGAAUAUGCAUGGGCCUACAUGAUAAGUGUUGUGAGAAUGUGUGGGUUAAUGUGUGGCUGGGCUGGAUACCUCACCAGUGCUAUACAUGAUGAUCAGUGGAGGUGUUUGGAGGUGUCGUAAUCCAUGUGAUCUCAUGUGUGUCCCGUUAUAGCCUGUCUACUUAUCUACGAAGCCAAGCUAUGUUUGUGUGUGUUCACCAGAAACUCAAAACAUACAGUGAUUGUGUGUGAUCGACUAAGUUUUGCUCAACUAUUGUGCGACUUCAAACGUCUUGCUUCUCGAGACAAGUAUUACACAUAUUUGCCAAUAUGUGCUGGAUUUUACCAGAACGUGUGGGAUACCUGCAGAGGAAGAUGGAGUUGGGAAGAGUUAUCUCACCUUGUUUCGUUUGACUGACUCCCAAGCGUGUGAUAUUCCUACACCAAUGAAAUCUUUGACAGUGCAAUGAUGAUGCCGUUCAUAGUUUGUAGGAAUAUGUAACCUGGCCAUAUUUUGCUGGAUAGCCCCAUAAUGGAACAAUUAUGAGCUUGAGAUAAUAUUUUUGUAAAACAUAGUGAAAUUUGUUGUUGACAGCAAUUUGACAAGAUGGCUGUGACUUGUAUUUUUGCGUUCUACCAUGCAUAUCUGCUUAAUGUUUCGACAUACCUCAAUGGCAGUGUCCGCCAUUUUGUUUUCUGUCUGUAUGCUACCGUGCUGAAUGUGGAUUCAGAAUAAUAACGAAUUCUAGCCUAUCUCAGGGCCAACGUAAACCAUUCGCUUUAAUGGAGUUGUAUCAAAGAAAUAGGAGUUAGAUUUACCAAAUCUUGCUGGAUCUCAAAGUGCAAUGUGAUUAUUUUUGCAUUAUUUUUUUUCCAGGAGGUAUUGGAAUUGCAUAAUCGUAUGUUUAUUGAAACUAACACUAUUAACAUAUCAUUGAUAGAAAGUAAUGUACAAACAAUCCAAUAAUAUCAGAGUAAGUUAGAUGUUUAGAUUUGCCGAACAUGAACUGUGUAUCUCAUGAUCACAUCGAUCCGAAUAAUAAGCAGCUGGGUUUCACUUCUGGGUGUACUCUUGUUGAAGAAAUGACCUAAGGGUGAAGUUCUCUUCAUAUGAAUUGAAUUUUAUUAAGCAUGCAAUUCUUAAAUACUGGGUUUUUAAAAUAUUUUUAAGCUAGAAUUAUACUGCUUAGCUUUGUGUGUGCUGAUAUGUAGUAAGUCCUGAAAAACUAUUUGGUAUUUUUCAAAUAUGUUUCUUUUGUUGUGGGGUAGAAGGGGUGCUGGUUGGUCUGAAACAAAUUCAGCUGGAAUGGUUGGAAAUGCUUUCCAUUUCUAUCAAUUGCAAUAUUCUGGUAAAUGGGUAAUAAGAUAAUCAUAUUUCUUUUGGAAUGUCGUCAUUGACGUGUUUGAGCCAGAGACUUGAUCUUCUUACUUAGUGCAAGUGUUUUUGAAAAGAAGUUCUUAAGUUUCAGCGUGGAAGGUGGUCAAACAAGGGAUUGUUAACUUUUUGCAAUAUCAGAACUAUCCGAUUAUUUUUCGUUUUCGACACUGGAUAGUGUGCUUGUUAUUGCCUCUCGUUCUCUAAAACCUGCUUAUCUCAAACAGUGUGUCUCAAACCUGCUUAUCUCAAACACUGUGUCUCAAACCUGCUUAUCUAACUCAUUUAUCUAGAAACAUGUACCGAUAUUCUGAAUAUUUUGUCUCCCUGUUAACCCAGCUGUCACUGUUUUCUCCAGAUAUUGAGCAUAUAUUGUCCUGUUGUCCUGUACAUUACAAGAUAAAUCCACCCACUCCUCUACAUGCAAUCUCAUUACUGCAUAUUCAUUAUUGGAUAAAUAGGGAAAUAUUCACAAAUAUACAAUGAUAAUUAUUUUCGUAUUUUCCCAGUUCAUACUUGAAUGCCGGUGAAUAUAUUUUCAAUGGUCGAUUUUGUUUCCAUCUUGUACAAAUGGUGUCUACUCUCAUAACAGAACAAACAUUUUAGAUAGUGAAUAAUUAGAAGGCCAAACCAUGAGUACAAUUCCCUAUACAAUGUGUAACACAACGAUAUAACUUUUGUGUGUUCAAAUAAAGCCAUCACCAAAACAAUCGUAUAUAUGGUUUCAAGUUUUUUAGAACACAUCUCACCACAGACUUUGGGAAACACAAGUUAAAAUUUCAGCCCCUUAAAUGUUUCCUUUUCAAACCAUUGGCUGUGUUCAAGGGAGGUAAUCUAUGAAGCCACCUUCACUCAAACAUUCUUCAGUACCGAGUGUCAAGCAAAUAGUCCAUUGUUAUACAUGCCAACAUGUGUUCACAAUAUUUUAGUAGUUUUAUCCAAUAAUUGCAGUCUACCACAAGUGUUGCUCUACCAGGUGCCAUGCUUGUCGCCAUGUAAGUGCAAUGAUCUUGGAUGUUAUGUGCAACCCCUUUCCACCUCCACUAACCUGCAACAGUUUUAAAGAAAAUACUAUCUUCACAUCGCAUAUGUGUUCUAAACCAUCCAAAGAUUUUGGGGUAGUUUGGGUCCACAAAGGUGUUUUGUGCUGA